AGUUGCACAUAAGGAAGUGGUGAGCUGUGUGGGAUGGACCACGGCUGACGAGCUCUACUCGUGCAGUGACGACCACCAGGUGAUGAGAUGGAACCCCCUGACGAGCGAGACCGCGCGCGUGGUGAAGCUCCCCGAGGAUCUUUAUCCCAUCGAUCUCCACUGGUUCCCCAGGAGCAUCGGUGGGAAGAAGCAAUCCCACGCUGAGAGCUUUGUCCUGACGAGUUCUGAUGGGAAAUUCCACUUGAUUUCCAAGUUGGGAAGAGUGGAGAAAAGUGUGGAAGCACAUUGUGGGGCUGUGCUUGCAGGAAGGUGGAAUUAUGAAGGAACAGCACUGGUGACAGUUGGUGAAGAUGGCCAAGUGAAAAUCUGGUCGAAAAGUGGAAUGUUGAGAUCCACUUUAGCUCAGCAAGGAAGCCCCGUGUACUCCGUGGCCUGGGGACCCGACUCCGAAAAAGUUCUUUACACCUCAGGGAAGCAGCUGAUUAUUAAACCUCUCCAGCCAAAUGCUAAAGUUUUGCAGUGGAAGGCCCAUGAUGGGCUGAUUUUAAAGACUGACUGGAAUUCAGUGAACGAUCUGAUCCUUUCUGGGGGUGAAGAUUGUAAAUAUAAGGUGUGGGACAGUUACGGACGUCUCCUGUACAGCUCCCAGCUCCAGGAAUAUCCCAUCACUGCCCUGGCCUGGGCCGUGGAUGGGGAAUUGUUUGCCGUGGGCUCCUUCAACACCUUACGGCUCUGUGACAAAACUGGGUGGUCUUAUGCCCUGGAGAAGCCCAACACUGGCAGCAUCUUUAACAUUUGCUGGUCCAUCGAUGGCACCCAGCUGGCUGGAGCCUGCGGGAACGGCCACGUCCUCUUCGCCCACGUCGUGGAACAGCGGUGGGAGUGGAAGAACUUCGAGAUCACCUUGAUCAAGAGGAGAACCAUGAAGGUGCACAAUGUCAUGAACGAUGCCGAGGAUUCCUUGGAAUUCCGGGACAGGGUCAUUAAAGCCUCCUUGGACUAUGGAUAUCUGGUUGUUUCCACUUCCCUUCAGUGUUACGUGUUCUCGACAAAGAACUGGAACACCCCACUGAUCUUUGACCUGAAGGAGGGAACUGUGAGUUUGAUUUUACAAGCAGAAAGGCAUUUUCUUCUUGUAGAUGGUGGAGGACUUUAUUUAUAUUCCUAUGAGGGCAGAUUAAUUUCCUCUCCAAAAUACCCAGGCAUGAGGACAGACAUUUUAAAUGCCCAGACGGUGUCUCUGAGCAAUGACACCCUGGCAGUGAAGGACAAAGCUGAUGAGAAGGUUAUUUACAUAUUUGAAGCUCUAUCUGGAAAACCCCUGGGUGAUGGAAAACCUCUGACCCACAAGACCGAGAUCGUGGAGAUUGCUCUGGACCAGAAAGGCCUGACAAGUGAGAGGAAAAUUGCUUUUAUUGAUAAGAACAGAGAUCUCUACAUCACCUCAGUGAAGAGGUUUGGCAAAGAGCAGAAGAUUGUCAAAAUAGGGACAAUGGUUCAAACCUUGGCUUGGAAUGACGCUUCCAACAUCCUCUGUGGGAUGCAGGACACCCGGUUGACAGUCUGGUACUACCCCAACACGGUCUACGUGGACAAAGAUCUCCUCCCCAAAACCCUCUGUGAGAAAGAUGGAAGCGAAUUCAGCAAAAACCCCCAGAUUGUGAGCUUUGUGGGGAAUCAGAUAACCAUCAGGAGAGCAGAUGGUUCCCUUGUGCACCUGAACAUCUCCCCUUAUCCCGGGAUUCUCCACGACUACGUCCGGGCUUCCCGCUGGGAAGACGCCGUCAGGCUGUGCCGCUUUGUCAAGGAGCAGAGCCUGUGGGCGUGCUUGGCUGCCAUGGCAGUGGCCAACAAAGACAUGGCAACAGCUGAGAUCGCCUAUGCAGCCAUUGGGGAGAUUGACAAAGUGCAGUACAUCAAUUCCAUCCGGGAUCUGCCCUCCAGGGAGUCCAGGAUGGCUCACAUGCUGCUCUUCAGUGGCAACACCCACGAGGCUGAAACUCUGCUGCUUCAGUCAGGCCUGGUUUAUCAAGCUAUUCAGGUCAACAUCAAUCUCUACAACUGGGACAGGGCCCUGGAGCUGGCAGUGAAGCACAAGACACACGUGGACACAGUCCUGGCUUACAGACAGAAGUUCUUGAAGGAUUUUGGGAAAAAAGAAACCAACAAGAGGUUUUUGCAGUAUGCAGAAGGGCUGGAAGUGGACUGGAAUAAAAUCAGAGCCAAAAUACAGAUGGAAAUUGUUAAAGAGAGAGAACGAGCAGCAGCCAGUCCUGCAGGGAGGACCAGUGUGACUGUGCAGCAAUAGCUGACAUUUUGGGCACCUCAACAAGUGCUUCUGGAAUGUUUUGGGCUGGCAUAUUUUGAUAAAUAUUAAAAAAAAAAGCCCCAGGAACAUUUAGUGGGCAGCAGGAGUGAGAAUUUGUGGAGAUCUUAAUGGCUGGGUGCCACACAGGAUGAUUUAUCUGCUCUCACUUUGAGCUGGGUUCAUGUUCUGCUGCCCUGGCUCCAUUUUAGUCCAUAAUAUCUGAGAAAAAAAAGGGAAAUUAACUGUCCCUCUGUUAGUGGCUUUUCAUUUGUCAUUGCCAGUCAAAUGACUUCACCUUGGUUGCCUCUAAUUAAGGACCAAUUUCUCUGUUCAAGCACCUUGUGAAGAGGUUGGGUUAUUCCUGCAGCCUCAGGGACCUCUCCAAAGUCUUGUGUAAAUUGUCCCAAAAGCAAAUUUAGCAAACUGUAAGUGCUGAGAAUGUAAAAAAGAUAUAAAUGCAGGACAUUUCACUCCCAGUUCUGGUAACACCUCUUUCUGUCAGUGCAUGUGGAGCAGCAGGUUCUUUAACAGAGAAUUCCAGGUGAUUUCAGCAGCUCUGCUUUGUCCCUGAGCAAAAUAUUUACCAAUAAAGGGUAUUUUCUGAGGGACUGUAAACUGUUUAAAAUAGUUGGGAGUUGUACUGCACUGGGGGUUGGUUUUGUUAUUCAUCACUGACAUUGUAUAAUAUGUAUUUUUCAAAUGUUACCACCAAAAAUAUCUGUACAUAUGUGUGGGAAAUGUCUUCUGGUUUUGUAAAUCAAUAUGUGACCCUUGUGUGAAUAGUUCAUAAAUUUCAUAAUAAAAACCAAAUAAUAAAUAAAUAAAAAGAAAUAGCAGAAGGCACAGAUGUUUCAUGUAUGGUUUGGUCACAUCAUUGCCCAGAGCAAAAAUAGUGACUCCUCAGCCAUUUAAUAUCUCUGAAAAAUAAAUAAUCCCUUCAACAUUAAAAUAUUUAAGCUUGAUUGAAAGCAGUCUGAGAAGCAGGGAUGAAAUGAUGGAAAUUCCAUUGUGGGGGUGCUGUUGAGAUGGAUCAGUUAUCAAAUAUAAUCCAAAUUUUGCCAUUGCAGGGUGGGAGUUGAGCUCUUACUCUUCAUUUUACAUCGACCACAACCCUCUCUGGUUAUCAGAACAGCAGGUGGAAAAAAAUCUCUUUAAAAAAGAGGUAAAAAGUAAAAGCUCAGGUGAGUGUUUAAAAACCCAUUGCAUAUUUUUAAUAGCUGAGGGGGGAAAAUUUAAAAAUACCUUCUGUUUUCUGGUGUUUAAGACAAUAGGAGUUUGAGAUCUCGGUUUAUCUGUGGGAUUUUAUCCUUUGGGGCUGGAACAGGAGGAAGCUUUGAAUGAAUCAUCUGAGCUGAAAAUUUGAUUUCACACUUCAGGUAGAACCAUUUCCUGCAGAAAAACCCUGGUGGUUGUUGCCUUGGUCGCUUCAGAGCAGUCAAAAAUUAUGAAAAGCCAAUCAUGGAAAAGCUUGAAGCUUUCUAAAAUUUAAUUUGAAGUUUAAAUAUAUAUAUAUUUAAAUAGAUAUAUAAAUAUUAUCUAACCUAGAGAUAAGGGGGAUGUGUGGGGGACACUACUGGGGUUUAUAUUUUUAAUUAGAUAUAUAUGGGUUUAAUAUUUUUAUUGGGUUUAUAUGGUUUUUUUUUUUAUUAUACCUACAAAUUCUGAGACUUCCACUUCUUAAUUUUUUGUGAGGCCAAAGAUGACAUUUUACUCUGCAGGGGGAAGAGCUGGGGAGAAGAAAAAAAAAGGGCUUAUGAAUUGAUCACAUGGAGGACUCUGUAUUUCCAAAGAACACUUUUUAUUGAUCCAGUUCAGUGCUAUAAAAUCUCCAAUACUGAAAACACGACCUGUCCAUUUGAAUUCAGGUGCCUUUUGCCCUCUCCUGUGGAUGGUUCUGAUGGAAACCGAGUGCUUCACAGAAAAUCGGGAUGGGCUUGGUGUCUCCAGGGGAAGGGGCAACGUGCCAGAUUAAAUGGGUGCACGAAACUGGGGGUGUUUAAUUAUUUAAUUAUGUUUUGCUCUAUGUAAAUGGGGCCGUUGAGAUCCUACAGCCUGGAAAUGCUCUAAUUCUAUUCUAAAUAAACAUUCUCUGUGAUUACA